CGCCGGGGAGAACGGCUCCUAGCCCUGCUGGUGUCAGGAUCCGCGGCUUGGACAACGCCGGCAAAGGAACUGAGCCAGAAUUCUCCAUGCUGGAUAAUUUGGGCGAGUCUGACAUUUACCUGUCCACAACGCAGUGGUGCCAUUAGUUUCAGGCCAGUGAAAGCUGCUUGGGGCUAGAUCGUCAUGGGGGAGGCCAGUAGAGACGAGUAUAAAAUCCAGUCGUUUGAUGCAGAGACCCAGCAGCUGCUGAAGACCGCACUCAAAGAUCCAGGCGCUGUGGACUUGGAGAAAGUGGCCAAUGUGAUUGUGGACCAUUCCCUGCAGGAUUGUGUGUUCAGCAAGGAAGCAGGACGGAUGUGCUACGCCAUCAUCCAGGCAGAGAGUAAGCAAGCAGGCCAGAGUGUCUUCCGUCGGGGGCUCCUGGACCGGCUGCAGGGGGAGUAUCAGGCCCGGGAGCAGCUGCGAGCCCGCUCUCUGCAGAGCUGGGUCUGCUAUGUCACCUUUAUCUGCAACAUCUUUGACUACCUGAGGGUGAACAAUAUACCCAUGAUGGCCCUGGUUAACCCUGUCUAUGACUGUCUGUUCCAGCUGGCCCAGCCUGAGAGUCUGUGCAGGGAAGAGGAGGUGGACUGUCUAGUGCUACAGCUGCACCGCGUUGGGGAGCAGCUGGAGAAGAUGAAUGGGCAGCGCAUGGACGAGCUCUUUGUCCUAAUCCGGGAUGGCUUCCUGCUCCCAUUAGGCCUUAGCUCCCUGGCCCGGCUGCUGCUGCUGGAGAUGAUCGAGUUCCGGGCAGCUGGCUGGAAGACCACUCCUGCUGCCCAUAAGUAUUAUUACAGUGAGGUUUCUGACUGAGCUAGGCUCCACGGGCCUGAGGCUGCACUCACCUUCCUGCGUGCGACCCUUUCAGGCUGGCACCAGAACCCUUGCCUCUCUAGACCCUUGUAGACUUUACUGCUGUGGUUCUUUCCUCCCCUCACUCUGGAACUGUGGAGAAAUCCAACAAACCGGGUCUUCCUGCUGGAGACGGCCGCUUCCCCCUUCCUCCAAGUCCUUUCGGCUCCCUUUUCAAACCCACCACUUCCAUUUGGGCCCAGCAGGGAAGGGCAACUAACAACCACUGAACUGUGUAACCACUGGUGUAACAGUCCCUGGUGCCUCAGUUUCCCCAUCUGUAAAAUGGGCUGUCAUAGCCAUUGGUGGGAUGCUUAGGGCAGAGCACAGAUUUACAAGGGAAACUGCUUUAUAUGUUCUGUACAGAGACUGCUGUGGAGACAGCCUGUGUCCUUCUGCCAGCUUCCUUGAGUGACACCACCUCACCAGGUUGGGGUGACAGUUUUCUAAUAAAUCUUUUCUGAAACCAAA